GGAACAGAUAAAAUAAAAUAUGUAAUCCAAACUUCUACACUUUGCCUCUCCGCCAUGAAUGCCGCCGCUAUCCUCCUCACGCCCCUCUUCCCGGUGAACUCCAACGCCGCUCCGACGCUUUCCAUCCCAAAGCCCAACAUUAUCCGCUCCCUGUCAAUCACCCGCCCAAUUUCUUCCAGACCAGGCUUCCGCGUCCGGGCCGACGACGGAGAUGCCGACGGCGGAGGCCCGGACGACUACGACAUGGACGACGACGAGGUGGAGGAGGUCGACAACAAGAAGGACUUCGAUGUCGAUUACGAUACCGCCGCCGCUCUCGCCAUCGCCGCCGCCGGCAACGUCGGGGAGGAGGAAAUCGCGAUGGUCCACAGCAAGAGCUUCGUGUCGAUUCAGGGUUGGGAUUCUGAGAAAAUCGUCGAUUAUCGGAUAAACGAAGAUGAGUUUCAUAAGAUUUGUUUGCUGGAUUGCGAUUUUUUCAUUCGGAAGCCGCCUGAUCCCGAUAAUGACGUCUACGACUUCCGUGAGAUGUAUGUCACGCCUCCAGACACUGACGUGUAUGCGAUUCCAAAGGUUCUCGCGCCGAUGCCUGAGAAGUAUAUCCGAUGUGCUCAAAGUGAUUACGGCUGCUACAAUGUGACAGAGCCACCGAUUGAUGCACCUAGAGAUCCCAUGUAUAAAUCGGAGAGGGAAGUCCUAAAGGUUUUCUUGACGAAACACUAUAGGAACCGGCGGUAUGGUGAUCCAGAAUUUAUGCUGGAUUUUGAAGAGAUUUAUGUCAUUGACUCAAAAACUAGAUCAAUCUCGAGAGCAACAGUUAUGGUGACUGUUCCUGAUGGCAAAGAUCGGGAUAGAAAAAAAGAUUUACUCGUUGUUCGAGAUAAAGGGAACACCUUCAAAAUAAUUUCUUCAGAAGAAAGAGACGACCCAACCACAGUCAUCGAGAAGGAAGACUGGAACAAAACACGGGAUGAAAUGGAGAAGCAUCUUCGAAAGCUUCGUGACUUCAGCGUCUCAAAUUGGUUCUAGACACACAGUAUCUUGUGUAGGAAUUACUGUGCCUUCUAGAGAGAUGAUGAAUACCAGCAGGUUCUUGUAGCAUCUUCGCCCUACGGUAGAUCAGUUGCCGUCUGCCUGGUUAAGAUGAAACGUGAAGAGCAGAAAUGUGAGUGUGGUGAGAGUGAGGGGAGAUAUUUUGAAGAGGUGACAACAAAAUUCACUUGUUCCGUAGAACUGUUGUAGUUAAGUUUUGGUAGGGUGUAAUAUUUUUUGAGAGAGAAUUAUAUGGGCAUUAAGUGGAUGAAGAUGGGUUGAUUUUAUUAAAAUCUGGUUUCGGAUCUGGAUCCCGUUAGAAUCAAUUUACAAAAACCACCCUGUUAUCAGAAAAGAUAUUGUAAUUCCAUGUGUGUUAAUUUGAGUUUAUUUAUAUCA